UUGUUUAUUUCAAUUAAGCUGAACUUUUUUAUGUCCUUUUUCAGUGUAAUUAUAUUUUUAAGUACAAUCAAUGGUUUGGACUUAAACAAACUAAGUUAGUAUCACAAAAUUAUUUAUAUUAACUAUUUUUUCUCAGUAAACGCCACUUUCCAAUGAUCUAGCUUAUUGUAAUUAUGUAUUUGAGCUCAGACAACUCAAUAUCAUUAGUUUGCCUCUCACGUCAUCCACCUGCCCGCGAAAAAUCCGGUUUAGACCAGUUUUGAGCGAGUGAAAUAGAAAAGCUGGCACUGAGGAGCUCCGAAGCAUUUUGAGACGAAACAGACGACAACUUAUCUUCAACAACUUAUAACAAGGAACUCAUUCCACAGAGAUUUAAAGCACUCGGUGACUGAAGUGAGUUCAGCCACAAAACGAAGUUUAACCAUACAACGAUGGAGUGGAAGUGUAAAUAUUGUGGUUUUAUUACUGGGAAAAGAGCGCAGCUACUUAAACACUAUCGGCUAAAACAUGGAAGCUACACAAGGACAGUACCAUUCCCUUGUUUGCACCACGACUGUCUAUGCACAUUCAAGUCCAUAAACAGCCUUAAAGCACACAUAUCACGUGUUCACUCUAAUACUAAUGAGGGACAACGAGAACAAAAUGAAGCUGUAAAAUUCUGUUGUCAGUUGUGUGAGUUCAUUGAGUGUUGUUCUGAAUCGGAAUUUUUCAGCCACCUCCGAUGCAGACAUUUGAAAGUUAACCAAAAGGUUCAGUGUCCAUAUGCAGGCUGUUUAUUUGAGAGCAGUGUGUAUUCAACUUUUAAUGCACAUAAAAGUAAAACACAUAGAGAAGACAACUGGAAGAUGUUUAAGAAAGAAAUAGUUGAUGUUGAGAUAACUGAUGAAAACAGAGAGUGCAACCUUGCAAAUGAGCAAAUGCAAACUGAAGACAUGGGGGAAGUAGAUGUUGCAAGUGAAGAAACGUGUGAGAUAGAUUUUCAGGAUUUAAAAAAUCAGCUAGAGCACAACCUAGCUGCACUUUUUUUGAAGAUGCAAACUAUCCUCCAUGUACCUGAGCGCUCUGUACAAGAGAUAAUCAAACAGCUUUGUGAUAUACACUAUUUGUCAGAGCCACUUUUGCAUCAUAAGGUGAAGAUGAUUCUCAUGAAGUAUGAUUCAGAGAUGGAUGAGUCAGUUGUGAAACAGGUGAUCACUGCUGUUUCUGAAACCAACAUUAUGACAAUAUUUUGCAGCAAAGAAGGUUCUUUGGCAACCACUAAAAAAAGAGCAUCAUAUGUGUCUAAAGAAUUUCCACUGGUAAUGCCUGUAGAGUAUAUAAUUGAUAAAGAUAACAAAUCGGUUGUAUAUGUUCCCAUACAGCAAAUGCUGCAGAAGUUGCUGAGCAGGCCAGAUGUGUUAGAUAAAGCAAUGUCUGAAGAAAUACAUGUUGCAAAUGAAUACAAGUCCUAUGUAGAUGGUGCAUACUUCAGAGAAAAUUGCCUCCUUACUAUUGAUGAGUUCACAAUAGCCAUUGGUCUGUAUAUUGAUGACUUUGAAGUUGCCAAUCCAUUAGGAACAUCAAAGAAGAAGCAUAAGAUGUGUGCUGUCUACUGGGUAAUUGCCAAUAUCCCAGCAAAAUAUAGAGCAUCACUCAACUCUAUUCAACUUGCUCUCAUAUGCAACACAAGUACUGUAAAAGAAUGUGGUUAUGCUAAAGUGCUUGACCCCCUUAUACAUGAUCUUAUGUCAUUAGAAAAGGAUGGUGUUUAUAUCGAGGCAUUGGGCGCAAGUGUGAAAGGAACUGUUUUGUAUGUAGCUGCCGACAACCUGAGUGCUCAUGCUGUGGCAGGAUUCUAUGAGAGCUUCUCUGUUGACAAGUUCUGCCGAUUCUGCAUUGCAAGUAGAAGUGAAACUCAAGAACAAAUGGUGUGCCCUGGUGCCUUUGAGCUCAGAAAUAAAGACAAUCAUGACAGACAAGUGCAGGAAGUUUUGAAAGACCCAGAACUCGGUAGAACAUAUGGUGUGAAAAAAGAGUGCCCAUUUACUGCAAAAUUGGAGCACUUUCAUGUUGUUAAAGGUUACCCUCCUGACCUCAUGCAUGAUCUUCUGGAGGGCAUAGUCCCUAUGGAGUUGUCUUUGUGUCUUUCAGAUCUGAUUUCCAAGGGAUAUUUUAGUUUAGAAACACUGAAUCAGGCUAUCAGGUCUUUUCCAUACACAUUUACUGACAAAACUGAUAGGCCACAGCCUAUUACAAAGGGCUUUGCCACAAAACACACAAUCGGAGGAAAUGCACAUGAGAACUGGUGCCUAAUAAGACUUUUACCAUUUUUUCUUGGUGAGUGUAUUCCUCCAGGGGAAAAAGCAUGGGAAGUUCUAAUGCUUGUCAAAGAUAUUGUAGAGUUAGUAGUUGCUCCCAAGUUCACUGAAGAGACGGUCUACUUCCUGGAGUGCAAGUUAGCAGAACACAGAGAACUACUGCAGUCUACUUUCCCAGAGUUUAGAUUACGACCAAAACACCACUACAUUGAACACUAUCCUUCACUUAUUAAGGCAUUUGGUCCACUGUCUGAUGUGUGGACAAUGCGCUUUGAGGGAAAGCACAAAUUUUUCAAAAAAGUUUUCCGUGAUGCUCAGAACUACAAGAAUGUAGCCCUUACACUUGCUGUAAAACAUCAGAAAGCAGUCAGCUAUCACUUGGACUUAAGUUCAUUUUUCAAACCUUCAGUUGAAAUGGAAAAGGUCUCUACUGUCUCUGUCUCAUAUUUCCCUGAGAAUGUCAAAAGGAUACUAAGUCAGAAAAUCCAUGAGUCAGCAACAGUUUUUGUAGCGUCAUCCAUUUGUGUGGAUGGAGUUACAUACAAGCCAGAUAUGGUAGUUUCUGCUGGAACUUGCUCAGGUCUCCCUGAAUUUAAGCAGAUCACAAAGAUAGUUGCAGUUCAUACAGAAAUAUUGUUUGUCUGCAGAGUAAUGAGUGCAUGGUACCAUGAGCACCUUAGAUCAUAUGAGGUGUGCUACUGUGAUAUAACCACGCCCCUGUGUGUGGUUCCAUUGUCAGAGCUCAACGAUGUUUUUCCCCUGUCAGCGUACAGACUAGGUGGGAAACUAAUGGUAACUCUUAAACGUUUUAUUCUGUGCUGACAAAAUCUCUCUUUAU